CCAUGCUCCCGGCUGUGGAGGCCGCCAAAAUCUACCACACCAACUACGUGCGUAACGCCCGGGCCGUGGGCGUGCUGUGGACGGUUUUCACCAUCACCUUCGCCGUCAUCACCGUGGUGGUGUUCAUCCAGCCCUAUUGGAUCGGGGACAGCGUCCACACGCCGCAGGCCGGGUACUUCGGCCUUUUCCACUACUGCAUCGGGAACGCGCUCACCUCGGAGCUCACAUGCAAAGGUAGCGCGCUGGACUUCGGUUCCAUCCCGUCUGGCGCCUUCAAGACAGCCAUGUUCUUCGUGGGGAUCUCCAUGCUGCUGGUGGUGGGCAGCAUCGUCUGCUUCAGCCUCUUCUUCUUCUGCAACGCGGGGAGCGUCUACAAGAUCUGCGCCUGGAUGCAGCUGGCCUCCAGCACAUGCAUGGUGAUUGGGUGUAUGAUCUAUCCUGACGGCUGGGACUCUGACGAGGUGAAGCGCAUGUGUGGCCAGCGGACCGACAAAUACACCCUGGGCAACUGCACGGUGCGCUGGGCCUACAUCCUGGCCAUCAUCAGCAUCAUGGACUCACUCAUCCUCUCAUUCCUGGCCUUCAGCCUGGGCAGCCGGCAGGACAAGCUGCUGCCAGAGGACUUCCAGGUGGAGGAGAAAGAUAACGCCUAGCCCCGGAGGGAAGAGAUGGACGAGGCUAUACGAGGAGCACUACCAACUCGAGGGAUUCAAAUGUAUUCCAAGACUUCAGGACAGUUCAUUACAAUCUAAAAAUAACUUGCCAUAAAAAGUUCACCAUGUCCUUGGCAACUUAUUAACAGGCUUAGAAAACAUGGGAAGAGUCACUGUCCACCUCCAGCUCAGAUCUUAUCGUCUGGCUGCUACUGUAUUUAGACUAAGGCAAGUGAGUGAACGUGCGAUGGACUUUGCUUUCACGUAUUUUAUCAUUCAAAGUGACCAGAGCAUACAUAAGCAUUAAACAGGUGUUCAUCAUUUGACAAACUAAUAACUGUUGUGUAUUUUGAGUUGUGUUUUAAGGAAACCCUGAGAAAGUGAGAAAACAUGCAAACACUUAAUACAGUAUGUGCACCUUGUUAAGAUUGGUGUGGUGCAUUUCAGCCUCUUGUGGCAGAAAUGAGUAUUACAGCAACAAACACAAAAAU